AUGUUCAGGAGUCUUCAACUGGAGGUAAGAAAAAAAACUGAUUGCGUGGUUCGAUCAAUUGAACAAAACGGAGAUACGAUUUCUAUUACAGUGGACGAACAAAAGGUAUUCUGGGGGAAGCCGGUUUAUCAUACUUUCAGGGUCGACUUUGACCCUUUGAGUCGAAAGGGUCAGUGUGAGUGCAACAAGUUUGAAUCCGUUGGUGUUUUGUGUUGCCACACCCUUGCGGUCUGGUCAUACUACAGAGUUGACAUUGUACCGAGCUGCUAUGUUCUUCCUCGUUGGAGUAAGAAUCUCAUCCGCAAGCACACUUACAUCAAGAGUAGCCAUGACGUGGCUCGGAGUGAUGAAAGCAACAACUUGUUCAGGCAUCUGUGUUCAGAGUUCUAUAACGUUGCGCAGGAGUUUGUUGCUUGUGAUGAGGAAGCAGCUAUCUUGCGAGCUGCCAUUUGGGAUGCAAAGUCCAAGCUGAUUGAUUACCGUGCCAGCAUCCGGAGGACUAUUGUUGCUGCGUCUCAGAAUACCGUGCCCACACAGAGCACAGGCGGAGCGAUUUUGCAUGACAUACAGGGACCCUCAAGAGUCAAAACCAAAGGACGGCCUAGGGGUAAGAGACUUGGAGCAGAGUUGGACAAGUCAAUUAAGAAAUCAAUGCAAAAAAGGAAUAAGAGAUCACACCCGGAUGAGGUUGACCUUCCGUCAGAUAAUGAUCAUCAUGGGCCCCUUAAUAAAGGAAUUGAGGAUUCUACAAUGUGGAACUCAUCGGAUGGUGGCGGAUUCAUGCACCUGUUGAAUUCUUUUAGGCAUAUAUAG